AUGUCAAGGCUAUUUUUUUUCUAAGGUUUUAAGUUGCUCUCAUGGUUGCUCUAUUCAACUAUUGGUUCGAACUACAGCUGGUCACGGUGUCACCAACAGCUUAGCAUGUGAUAAGGCUGAACUGAAGGAUCUAAGUUUUGUUAUAUUAUAAUCUAGAUCUAUGUCUAACCAUUACAGAGCUAUAAAUAUUCAAACAAAAAUGGCUGUGACUUGAGUAACGUGUUCGAUAAGGCAGCUUUACUCUACACUCCACACAACUAGUCUACUUCAUAAGCAAAUAUCAAGUUGAAAACAAUGUCAGACAUUUUAAAUGUUCCCCGACUUCGUAUUCUGACUUACAUGUGUCCAGAUAUUCCUAUAGAAACUUUUACAUUGCUCAGAAACUGCUUGGAAGAUGCUACUGGACUUGAAGCAGAUCUCAUUGUAGAGGAUAGAUUCACAGGUCCUGUAGUUGAUAGAACUGACCCAUUCAAUGCCAAUCUGGCUGAUCUAGUGUUUUUGCAUAGUUCGGAUUAUCUACGACUGAAAGAUGAGAAACAUCCUAACAUACAGUUGUGCCCAGCUGCUCCUGUGUACUAUCAUCCUCGUGCACCAGAUAAAGCUGUUUAUUUCUCAGAGAUAAUAAUUCAUUCUAACAACAAAGAGAAAUACAAAUCAAUCCAGGAAUUGAAAGGCUGUUCUUGGGCUUACAAUCAUUCAAAUUCUCUGAGUGGAAACAUUAUUGUAUUGGAUUAUUUAAAAAAACAUCUGAAAACUGAUGCUUCAUAUUUUGGCACUAUUAUAGAGUCUGGAUCACAUCUGAACUCUAUCAAAAUGGUCAGAGAUUUUAGUAUAACUGCAGCGGCUGUAGAUUCAGUAGUACUUGCUGGUUAUCUCAAGGAUCAUGAAGAUCAUGCAGAUGUUUUUACCUCAAUUGAAACUUUAGGACCUCUGCCCAUCUACCCUUGUGUCUUCAAUAGCCAAUUGCCAGAAAGUAUUAAGCAGACCAUCACAAAUGCUCUCCUCUCUAUGGACAAAUCUGUGGACUGGUCAGAUAGGUUAAGGUCUGUAGGGAUUCUCAAAUUUGUUCCUGUUGAUGAUGACCUGUAUUAUAUAGAAAAGAACAUUCAAGCUGGUGUUUCUGGAAUGAGUAUUCAAGCUACUUUCUAUUAAAUAUUUAUAUGUUGUUUGUUUUUUUUGCAUGAGAAAAAAAUGCCUUAUCAGAAGACCAAAUUUUAUCUAUAUAUUUAUUUUUUAAACUUUAUUAAAUAUACCCGGCAUUAAUAUUUGUACUAAUCUUUUUAAAGUAUAUUUCUCCAGAAUACUUUUUUUUGUGUCAUUUAUAUAUUGGAUCAAUUAUUUCAAUAAGAAUGUAACUUCAUUUGCAAUGUAUGCAUUCUAAGAGUUUAACAUUAGUCCAUCCAUUUUAUGAGAAUAAUACUUUUAUUUUUGUUGGCAUUAACAGAUCAUUUAGUGGAGAGCCAAAUAUCUUAGACAAACUCCUUGACUGAAACUGAUCUACAGAAAUUAGGUUGCAUCAUGAUAGAAUUGGAUUGGCUGAUGGAAACUUGUAUAUUAUACUGUAUUCUCUCUGUGGCAUUUUACGUCUCGUGAGACGAUCUUUUCCCUUUGCAACUUCUUGCGUGACUAAAGAGGCCAAUCCUUGAUACACAGCUGCGAUCACAGGUUGGGCAUAUAAAAUCACCAGGCGCCGUUGCAUUUUCACCCUUCUUUCUGCUUCUGUUGUGUAUGACAUCUGCAAUCUGUGACCCUUCCUUUAUGCUCUCUCUCCAUGUGGAUCUGUCCAGUGCCACCUCUUCCCAGUUGCCAGUGUCGAUUUUGAAGAGCUUCAUGUCGCGUUUGCAUACAUCCGUAUAACGUAAAAGUGGGCGACCAGCGGCUCUCCUGCCUUCAAUUAGAUCGCCAUACAGGAUGUCCUGUGGAAGUCGACCUACUGGCAUUCUACGAACGUGGCCAAGCCAGCCAAGGCGUCUGCUGCUGAUAACAGAGCGGAUGUCCUGGCAUCCUGCUCUAUGUAGCACUUCCUCAUUUGUUAUCUUAUCUUGCCACCUUAUUUUAAAGAUCCGCCUUAGGCAUCGGAGGUGGAAGACAUUCAGCUUUUUUUCCUGCCAUGAGUAGGUUGACCAUGUUUCACUUCCGUACAGCAAGGUGCUCAACACACAGGUCCGGUAGACUAGGGCUUUAGUACUGCUAGUCAGCAAUAUGUUGUCCCAGACUCUUUUCUGCAACCGUGACAUGGUGGCCAUUGCCUUGGCUAUCCUGUUGUUUAUGUCUUUAUCCAGUAGAGUGUUGUUGGAUAUGAUGGAGCCAAGGUAACAAAAGUGAUCAACAAUUUCUAGUGGUUGGCCAUUAAUGCUUACUUGAGGUGCAGUGUUUGUGUUUUGGACAAGUAUCUUAGUCUUGCUUUGACUGAUGUUUAAGCCGAACUUCUGGCAAGCAGCAGAUAGUUUGUCAACCAUGGACUGUAGCUGAAUAUCAGAAUCAGCCACAAUAGCUGCAUCAUCAGCAUACAGGAGUUCCCUGACGAGUAGCUUCCUAACCUUGGUUUUUGCCCGCAGCCUUGAUACAUUAAAUAGUUUUCCAGAGGAUCUUGUAUGGAGAAACACACCUUCGUUUAUGUCGCUGUACGCAUAAUGCAGUAGACAGGAGAAGAAUAUGCCAAACAGAGUAGGUGCGAGCACACAUCCCUGCUUGACACCACUGCAAACCUCAAAAGGUGCUGAUUGGGCUCCAUUGAAUUUGACAGUACAUUUAGUUUCCUCGUGAAAACAUUCAAUUAACUUCAGUAGUUUGGGAGGGCAACCUAUUUUCCUCAGGAGUUUGAAAAGGCCACUUCUGCUGACCAUGUCAAAAGCUUUAGUCAGAUCGACAAAAACAAUGUAAAGGGGUCUGUCUCUCUCUCUAAAUUUCUCCUGCAGUAGUCGUAGAGAAGAUAUCAUGUCUAUAGUGGACCUACCACUCCUGAAUCCACACUGAGACUCUGGGUAGACUCUAGAAGCUAUCACUUGCAGCCUGGAUAGUGCCACUCUAGCAAAGAUCUUGCCCACUAUACUGAGGAGAGAGAUACCCCUAUAGUUGUUGCAAUCACUCCGAUCCCCUUUGUUCUUGUAUAUUGUGACUAUAGUUGCGUCACGCAUGUCCUGUGGGACAUGACCUGUUUCCCAACAGCGGCAGAGGAGAAUAUAGAGUUCAGGGAGCAGGAGUGAUUCGUUGACUUUCACUACUUCCACUGGGAUACCAUCACUCCCAGGAGAUUUUCUAUUUUUUAAGCAGUUAAUGGCUUUUUUGAGGUCACUAAGGCUCGGAAGCUCAUCUAGGCAUUCCAGUACUGGAAGAUCUGGUAGAGAAGCCAGGGCGACAUCGUCUACUGUAUUCUGUGUGGCAUAGACUUCGAGGUAGUGUUCUGUCCAUCGUUCUAGCUGCUUGGUUUGAUCUGUAAUUUUUUCUCCUGAUUUGGAUAGAAGGGGGGCAGGCUUAGACACUGCUGGACCCAGGGCCGCUUUAAUGACAUCAAAUAGAGCUUUGCUAUUUCCUGAGUGGAGACUGUCUUGGAUUCUGUUGCAGGUAUCCCUCCAGAAGUUGUUAGCACAUUUUCUAGCCAUUUGUUUUGCCUCUUUAUUAGCACUUUUGAAGGCCUCCAGAGAUUUUGGAUUAGGCUUUGUCUUGUGAGCGAGGUGUGCAGAUCGUUUUUUCUCGAUGCAAGGUUCCAUAUGUGCUAGAUUCGCCUCAAUCUGUAUACUGUAUAAAAUGUGCAUAAACAAGAACUUAAGCAAAAUAUGUCAUCUUAUCUUGACUCUACUAGUAUGUGACUUAGAAACUGUUCAGGUGCUUAGCCAACUAAAUCAGAUAUUUCAACUAGUGUAUUGAACUUCUACACUAUAGAUUCUGUUGACACAUGGACAUGUAUUAACAUGUUUAGAAGUUCUAAUAAAAACUCAUUAAGCAUUACAA